CAGUUCGCAGUUCCGAUUGGAAGCAUUCGACCGGACCGCCAUGUUCGCACCAAAUGGCCAGCUCGCGACCGUACACCGCGCGCGGACCGCGUGGGCGCUGGGACUGGGCAGAGCACCGCUCCUCACGGGAGCACCGCGAGCACCCUUCGAGCCCAGGCCGCGCCCCUUCCUGGGCCGUUGGUUUCGUGCGGCGUCCUUGGCUCCCUGUGUUGUCCUCCGAAAGAAGCUCUCGCUUUGGAGCGAUGGACCUUCUGGGAACACCGCUCUGGCGCCCAAGUCGCGAGGACUCCCCAAGGGUCGCCGAAGUCACCGGCGCUUGCACUCCACAGCGAAGCUGCCUGCCAUGAGCAAAGAUGGGGGAUCGCAGGAGGAGUUUGAGGAAUAUUGGAAAUGGUUCAAAGAGCCAAGGCAGGUCGGAGAAUGGAUUGAGAGGAGGUCACAUCCUCAAGUGAACCUGCUGCCCUACUGGUAUCACUCCCUCUCCGACGAGACCGUCUUCGAGGCUCCAAGCACGGAGGAGGCCAAAGUACUGGAGCCCUUGGAGCCGUUGGAGCUUCAAGGUCCCAUUGCCUCUCUCUCGGUGCCGGAGCUCCGCAGCAAGUUGCAGGAUCCGGAGGAGCUCCAACGGUUGGAGUUCACGGACGCCCUCCUGGCGCGGCGCGCCGUCUGGGAGUAUGAGACCUUCAUCCCCAGGGUUCUAUCUUGGCACGACUUCCAGUACAACACCUUCUGGUUUUUCAUCAAGGAGCGUGGCUCCAAGGACCGCCGCGAGGAGAAGCGCGGCUACUUUGGACCAGGGGCAGAUGACAGCAAGAUGUUUGCCCAUGAGGGUUUCUUCAUGGAGGUGGCGCACUUGGCCAGCCAGCGAUUGGAACGAAUACACCCCAUCAACUUGGUGUAUUUGUUGUGGACCUUCACCCGGGCAGGGGUGCAAGCGCAUGACUUCUUUAACAAGGCUGCGGAUCAUUUUUGCAACGGCCUCCUUCCGUCCUUGGACCGAUGCGGGUCACCUGGACAGAUCGCAUCGGGGCUCCGGGGGGCAAAAACGGUCAGUUGCGCCAGCGAGACUGAAGACGUGCUUUAUCAUCUUUAUCGUGUGUCGUUUUGGUCUUAUCGCAAAUCGAAUUGGCUUUGCACCUUGGUCUGGUGCUUCUCUCGGCAGCGGCUUCGGCACCAGCGCCUCUUCGAGAAGGCCGCCGUGGAGUUGCAGCGGACGCUGCGGGUUCGGUCGCUGGCACCGCGGAAUUUCCAAAACACCAUGAUCGCCUACCGCUGGUUUGGUCGCGGACACCACGAGGCCGUGGACGCCUUGCCGCCCACGCUGGCGCAGUGGCUGCCGCGCUUGCUGGAUGGCCAUGAUGAGCGUACGCCCAAGCUGAGGAAGGAGGUGAUGUUCUCCUACACCUGCCAGGACGGUUCAGUGGUCCCAGCGGAUGCCUUCCGGAUCAACGGCUUGAACCUCAUUGCCCGUGGCUUCCUCCACCUUGACGCUGGGUCUGCCCCCAGUGUGGAGGCCUGCUUCGAGUCCAUGACAGACUACGUGCUCCGCAGCGGGCGCCGGUCCCCCAACUGGAUGCGGAGCGACGGCGACCUUUGCCAGUUUGCCCUCGUCGUCGCGGAGGCGGCCGCGAAGGGUUGGCCGGGGGCAGCCUCUUGGCUGGAGCGACUGGAGGCACAGCUCCAGCUGAUCCGCGCCAACGCGAGGCCAAGGGAAUUAUCGCAGCUGGAGACCGCACUUGAACAUGCGAAAAUGGCAGCAAGCGCGAGCUGAAGCAACCUAAAGAUCGGAG